GGAUCAGGAGAGUGUAUUUUCACGCGUCUGUAACCUUUUUCCCCAACUUUACGUGCAUUUUUUCCCACAACAAGUGAUAUUUCCCGCCUGCGAUGGCUUUAAACAGUCUUAUUGAGAGUUUUCAGUGAAAAAUCAAGUGUUCAAAGCAGAUAAAGUGCAUCUUUAGACAAUCUGCAGGAUUCCUGAAAGAGAUAAUCCUGCACAAUGCUGUCUUACAUUCCCAUGGACGUCAAGUGUCCGGAAGGCGCCAAGAUAAGAGAGGACUCGCCGCUCUGCGGCAUGUGCUGCCGGCCGAUAUGCGAUAGGUACAUCAUGCAAGUUGCAGAGAUGACCUGCCACGAGUCCUGCCUCUGCUGCAGCUCCUGCUCAGGACGUCUCAGAGAUUCAUGCUUCAGCCGAGAUGGGAAGCUCUUCUGUCGCAUCGAUUAUGAGAGAUUGUUCGUGAAGAACAAGUGUUUGGCGUGCGCCGAGAGAAUCUCUUCGGAUGAGUUUGUGAUGCGCACAGAUGCGGAGGAUCUCUUCCACCUGAAAUGUUUCGUGUGCGUGGUGUGCGGCGUGCAGCUGCAGAAGGGUGACCACUAUGUCCUGAAGCAGGGACAGCUCUUCUGCCGGAUCGACUAUGAGAAGGAGGUGGAGAUGCUGCAGUCCAUCUCGGCGGCUGUGUACAAUGAUCCCGAGGACUUCUCCGAGGAUUUUGCCCGCGCUAGUCGAAGGGGACCCAAGCGACCGCGAACCAUCCUUACCACGCAGCAGAGAAGGGCAUUCAAGGCCUGCUUCGACGUGUCCCCGCGACCGUGCAGGAAAACCCGCGAGAGCCUCGCCAAUGACACCGGCCUCAGCCUCCGGAUUGUACAGGUGUGGUUCCAAAAUCAGCGCGCCAAAAUGAAAAAGAUGGAAAAGAAGGAGAAAUGCAAAGGCGAAUCGGCGGACGAGGAAGAGGAUAAGGCAAAGAAAAGUAGUCGGAAGAUUAUGACGCAAAUCAAAGAUGAUCCGCAGAGUGAUAAUGAUUCUCUGACAUCUGGGGCGUCUGCAAUGUCGCCUGGCGAGGAGAAUUUCAUAAAAAUGGAACCUCCAAGGCCCGAUCUAAUGUCAAAUGAUACGGAUCAGAUGAUGAGGGAUCAAGUGGCGAGUUUCCACAGCAUGAUUAACCAGUUCAACAGUGGACACGCAGGCAGCUUUGUUAAUCCCAUCGACCGACUCUAUUCCAUGCAGAAUCUCUACUUCUUCGCCGACGACGAGAAGAUGAUUCGACAAUGAUUGGUUAAUAAAAA